AUGGGCGUCGCUCAGAGCAUAUCGGCCGAGAUUGAAAUCCAGGCGCCGCCUGCUGCUGUAAGAUCGGUAUUCCUGGACUUCCAGGGAUACAAGAGAUGGAGUGAGAAAUGGAAACUUGAGCCCACAGAGCCCGGCAAGAGCCCGUCGGACCUGAAAAACGGAGACCAGAUCCAGGUCGUCAUGGGAGACAUGAAGUUUAAGCCGGUGAUCAAGGAAAACACGAGCGAAGCCCUGCACUGGCUAGGCUCGCUGCCGGUCAUCUUCAACGGCCUGCACCAGUUCUACUUCCAGCCCAGCCAGGUGAACCCCGGGGGCACGAGGUUCGUCCAAAUCGAGAACUUUUCGGGCCUUCUCGCGUUUCUCAUGAGGCCGGGAUGGUCCUUCAGAGAGAAGACGCUUACCGGGUGGAACCAGUUUAACGAAGAGCUGAAGAAGGAAGUGGAGGGACGGUCGACAUGA